AUGGGAGGUACUGGAGGCCGGCCGGAGGCCGAGGGCCUUAAAGAAGUGAGAGUUGGCGUGGCCACGGGCGGGACCCCGGGGUGUGGGCCUCCGCCAGGUGUAGCUGUGUCCCGCCGUCCGCCCCGUCGAAGCGUGAGGGCGCAUGCGCAGAGCGGCGGGCAUUGUCACGUGCGGCCGUCUCGCGCGGAUUGGCCCGCCGUCCCCCGAGACUGGCCGGAGCUGUCCGUGCGGCGGCGCGCGCGGAGGGAGCCUGUGUUGGCGCGGCGGAAGGGGGACAGCGCCGGGCAGCCGAAGCCCUCGAGAAUGGAGGUUCUGGACGAGUUCGACAGCGAGUUCCCCCAGAGUGUGACCUUCUGCCAGCUCAUCUCCGAGGAGGACUUCGAGAGGCAGGCGGCGACCUACACUGAGCGCGCGCUGCGCCUCCUCUUCCGCAGCCUCGACCGCAACCCGGCGCUGGCCGAGAGGGUGGUGCGCAAGGGCAAGCAGGCGGAGUGCGAGCGGCGCGGGCUCCUGUCCUUCCUCUGGGCCAAGGUCUUGUGUGCUGUCCAGGGGGAGCUGAACUGUUGCAACAGCAUGGGCGCCCUGGAGAUGCACCAGCGCCUGGAGCAGCUCAAGAGGCGCAUCCACCGCGUGUACUUCUACUCCCAGGAUGCCAAGAAGAAGAGAAGCAAGCCAAAACCGAAGAAACCAGAACCCAUCCUCUUACGGGACCGGUCGACCUCCCCGUGCCUGCUGCCACCGCCUGCCACCACCAUGGCCUCCAUGGUGGCCCCAUCAACCCCUGUCUACACUCUUCCCAGGGUCUUUGGCCCCUUCCCUCCGCUGCCCAGCACGUCGAUGGAGCAAUUGGAAGUUUCGAGGUCUGAAGCAAAAUUGAACUGGACUGGCCUGUCAUCGAACCCGAAGAGCCGCGAAGUCGAUCUGACCCCCUUGGUCCUCAAUCCUGGAGGCUUCCAGUUCUCGUACUUGGCCAGGAACAAUGCGCACAAUUUCCACUGCCCUGGCUUCCCCUGGACCUCAGCCUGUAGUGGUUCUGCCAGCACCGAGGAGAUGCUAUCCCCAUCUGUGAAGGCCUCCAUCUUCACCCCGCCUGUCCUGCUCAAGUUCCAGCCUGUGCCCAGACCCAAAGAUGACUCAGAGAAUGACCCUGGCAGCGCAGAGUCCACGCCCCACCAGAGGGACCCAUAACCUCUUCUGUACAGACCACGGCAGGAGAAUGAAUAAAGUUCCCCUGGUGGUGCC